GAAGACAUCAGUGUGAUCGCAUUCCUCUUGUUAACAACAUGGCAGCCAAGAUUGCUUUCCUCGCGGCGAUGGUGGGCCUGAUUGCGGCGGCGCCUCAGUACAACUACGAGCCCCCUCAAGCGCCCUCCUCCCUCUACGAGACGCCCCUGGACGCCGCCCCUCAGAACAUCGUCCCUGCAGUUGUCAGCCCGCCGAUGCAAGGAAUGCCGUACGACUUCACGUGGGGCGUCGAGGACGGCGACAGCGGCAACGCCUUCAGCCACGUGGAGAACAGCGACGGCCAGACGACCCAGGGCGAGUACCGCGUCCUUCUUCCCGACGGACGAACUCAGGUGGUCAAAUUCUACGACAACGGCGACGGCUUCAACGCUGAGGUCACCUACGAGAAAUGAGGCGCCUCGACUGAACGCCCACUUCCGCCCUUCCUUCUGUCAUAAAUCAUCUAUGUAUUUUUUCAUGUUACGUUGUCAUUCAUCUCUUGCCAUGCGAGGUUUGUCUAGUUGAAUAAAAUACAGUUUCUUAUUCAAA